CUAAAGCGGCAGCAGGGUGAAGACGUUGACGAUGCGGUCCAGCUUCAGACACGCGAACAGCGCCCGAUAGCUCAGCUCCCGGCCGCCGCUGCUGCACCCGCCCGGCAGAUCUAUCGCCCGCAGGUGUGUGUCACCGAUGCCAAUGUGCAGCUUGACCGACGGCCGGGCCAAUCCAGCACCGCUAAGGUCGCCGAGGAGACGGCCGAUGGUGCUCUCAAUAGCAGCAGAAGAGUGGUCACUCGACGGGCUGGGCCGGGUGGGUGUCUUGAGCAGAUGCCGCAGAAAGGACAUCUUGGCGGUCCUCUGCUGCAGCUGGUAGAGCUCAUAGAGGACACUCUUGAGGGAGCUGAUCAGCGGCUGCCGCGUCAUGAAGCACAGGCACGUCGGCACAUAGACGAUGGAGGCACCCGCAGGGCUGUCUCGACUGUAAUCCUCAAGGUCGGCCUCGUCGAGCCCGUCGUCCGUCACUGCGACCACGCUGUCGAUCAGGCCGCUGCUCUGCAUCUCGCCAUGGUCGAUAUCCCACGGCCACGCCCGCGGCUCCCACACCAUCAGGCAGCACACGUAGGCCCGCCGGGACAGUCCCCAUAGCACCGUCGAAAAGAAGACAGGACCGGGGCAGCCCUGCUCUUCGCGAUAGAGCCACAGCCCCUCUGGCGGGCAGAAUGACGUGAGUGUCUGCUGCAUGGCCGCACUGGGCGAGCUGUCCUUGCGGCUGCUGGGCGAGGAGGGCCCGCCCAGGCCGGCAGACAGGAGGGAGUGAGGGGACGUGGCGGGGCUGUGUGACGGAUACCACUCGACAAUCUGGCCCUUCAGGGGCGUCAGGAAUGCCUCUUGCGGACCCCUCGAUAGAUGAUCCUUCAACACGGAGUCCUCCACACCUGCAUGAACCAGACAAACGAAGACAAGCGCAAUAUUGGCUGCUGCCAAGAUGUGAUAGCGUUCGUGCUUGUGCUGACCGAUGCGGAAGAAGACGUCUGCGAUGUGUAUAUGCGACUCAGAAUCGGAAGCGGCGCUUGGCCGCCUCCUCGUUCCUCCUUUCCAGCUCCUGCCGCCUCGCCCUCGCCUCCUCCUGGUGCUGUUGCUGCCGCUUCGAUAGCUUGAAGGCCGCCUGGGGGACUGGGGGGGCGGAUUUCUGGUUGGCGGCAGCGGCUGCAGGGCCUUUAGGAAACGGCACUGGCCGCUUCGCCUGCUGUUGCUGCUGCACGGGCCGCGCAGAAAUCCGAGGGGCGGGGUAACGGGGCUGCGGCUUGCUUGGCGGCUUGGGUGGGGGGUGCUUGUGCGCCGCGUUGGUGUUGCCUCUAUCACCAACCGCCCCCAGCCCAUGGCCCCCCUGGGUGCUGGCCUCCUCCUGCUUGCUCGUCGGCUGGUGCUGGUGUGGGCGGGUUGACGGCUGACGCAGAGGGCUAUCGGGGUGUGACGAGUGUGUGUGGGGCGGCAUAGUGGUGGGACAGCCAGUGGGCAGAAGGGACAGGGCGGUGAGAAGAUCCGCCCGGAUGUCCUCGAAAGUGCCCCUG